AUUAAAAUGACGCAUACAUUUGUGUCAGAUCUGAGAUAGACUGAAGACUAUAUAACUCGAAAAAUCAAAACUCGCCGACGGUUAUACGAUCCCGAUCCCACACGCCUCUCUGUCUCUCAACCACAACAAUGACGAAAAUGCCCCCUGCAAUCGCCAUCCUCCUCUUCUCCGUCGCGCUCCUCGCCGCGAUCCCACCUUCCACAGCCGAGAUCAAAUCCCUCGUAAUCUCCGACGACGCCCGCCCCAUGAUCCUCUUCGAAAAAUUCGGAUUCACACACACCGGCCACGUCACGGUCUCCGUCUCCUCGGUCUCCGUCGUCUCCACCUCCUCGGAUCCGAACCCCGACCCGUCGCGCCUCGGAUUCUUCCUCCUCUCGGAAGAGUCCCUCCUCCAGGUCCUCCUCGAGAUGCAGCAGAACGCUCGAUUCUGCGUCCUCGAUUCCCACUACGUCACGCACCUCUUCACGUUCCGAGAUCUCUCCCCUCCGCCGAACUCGCGGUUCAACCACUCGUACCCGGUGACUUCCCCGAACGAGUACUCUCUCUUCUUCGCGAACUGCGUCCCCGAGACGAAGGUCUCCAUGGCGGUUCGCACGGAGAUGUAUAACAAAGAUCCCAACGGAUCUAAGGACUAUCUCCCCGCGGGAGCUACUCAGCUGCCGUCUCUCUACUCCUUCUUCUUCCUCUGCUACGUGGCGUUUUUAGGUUACUGGAGCUAUACCUGCUGGACGAAUAAGAGAAUGGUACACCGGAUCCAUCUUCUCAUGGCGGGGCUGCUUUUAAUCAAAUCGUUGAAUCUGAUCUGCGCGGCGGAGGAUAAGCAUUACGUGAAGAUCACGGGGACGCCUCAUGGAUGGGAUAUACUCUUCUACAUCUUCCAGUUCAUUCGCGUUGUUUUGCUUUUCACUGUGAUUAUCUUGAUCGGAACGGGAUGGUCGUUCUUGAAGCCGUUUUUGCAGGAGAAGGAGAAGAAUGUGUUGAUCAUUGUGAUCCCGCUUCAGGUGCUAGCGAACAUUGCUUCGAUUGUGAUCGGUGAGACUGGACCUUUUAUUAAAGAUUGGGUGACGUGGAACCAAGUGUUUUUGUUGGUUGAUAUAAUUUGCUGCUGUGCGAUUAUCUUCCCUAUCGUAUGGUCGAUUCGGGCCUUGAGGGAGACGUCGAAGACGGAUGGGAAAGCUGCGAGGAACUUGUCGAAGCUGACGUUGUUUAGGCAGUUUUAUAUUGUUGUUAUUGGGUAUCUUUACUUCACGAGGAUUGUGGUGUUUGCGUUGAAGACGAUUGCGGCGUAUAAGUACCAGUGGGUGAGCUUUGCGGCGGAGGAGAUUGUGAGUUUGGUGUUCUAUGUGAUUAUGUUUUAUAUGUUUAGGCCUGAGGAGAAGAAUGAGUACUUUGCUGUUGAUGAUGAUGAAGAAGAAGCUGCUGCUUUGGCGCUUAGAGACGAUGAGUUUGAGCUUUGAAAAUGGAGUAAGGACUCGAAGAUUUAUUCUUUUUAUGUGUUGAUGAAAGCUCUGUGAAGACAGAGUUCUAUGUUAAAGUCGUCUGAUAUUGCAACUUUCUUUUUCUGUUAAAUUUUUGUUCUUUCUUUUACAUGGAAAUUUCAUUGUUACAGAUGUUCCACGCUUUUAUAUAGUUCUCUUCACAGUU